AUGGCGCUCCAGGCUGGAGACUCGUAUGACCUGCUCUUCAAGGUGCUGCUGGUGGGCGACUCGGCCGUGGGGAAGAGCUGUUUGCUGAUGCGCUUCACAACUGACCGCUUCGACGAACACGCGGCCUCGACGAUUGGCGUUGACUUCAAGAUCAAAUACGUGACGCUGAAGGGACAGAAGCUAAAGCUUACGAUCUGGGACACGGCCGGACAAGAGCGAUUUCGAACGCUGACUAGCAGCUACUACAGGGGUGCCCAAGGGAUAAUUUUUGUGUACGAUGUAACAAGGCGGGAGACAUUUGAGAGUCUGGGUACUGUCUGGUUGAAUGAGGUGGAGAUGUACAGCACUAUCGAGGAUGCCGUCAAGAUGGUCGUGGCCAACAAGGUGGACAUGGAGUCCAAUCGAGAAGUCAGCAAAGAGGAGGGCACGGAGUUUGCACGCCAGCAUGGGUGUCUAUUUGUCGAAACGAGUGCAAAGACGAACAUUGCCGUUCAGCAAGCGUUUGAAGAGCUGGUUCUGAAAAUUCUGGACACCCCCAGCCUCCUGACCAACGGCCGCAGCGGUUUGAAGAUAGGACCCUCUGGUCCGGGUCAACAACAGCCAUCCUCGUGCUGUUGA